AUGCAGGCGGUCUCUGUGGAGGAUCCCACGCUGACCAUCUCGGAGAUCGCGAGAUGUCUAAGCCCUGACUCGAUGUCCCAGCUGAAGGGGGAAACCUUAAGGCGGACCACCGAGCGUAGCGACCGGAUCACGCCGAACGAAUUGAAGAAGAUCUUCAGACAGAUCGGCUUGGAUCUCAACGACGACGCCUGGCCGCAGGUCUUUCAGGAGCUGGACCGGGAUGCUCAGGGCCGAAUCCGCUAUACCGAGUUCGUGGAUGCUCUGGAGCGGGCGGAGGAGGAGUGCCGGCAGUGCGGCAUCGCCGCGGCGAUGGCCGCGGGGGGUGCGCUGGGGCAGAGCGCGCUACAAGCAGGUUUGGGCCUGCGAGAGGCGGCGGACUGCGCGGCGGGGGCAGCGCUGAGGGCGGCCGCGGAGUUUGGGAUGGUGCCGGUGGACGCCGCCGCGCUGGGCGGCCGUGCGGCCGCGAAGCUGGCGGCCGAGCAAAGCCUCGACCGGGCGCAGGCCGCGGACGCCGCCGCCGAGGCGGCUGGGCAGCACGCCACGCGUGCGGCGCUCGAGGCGGAUCUCACCUUGGAGCAGGUGGCCGACGAGGCGGCGAUCGCAGCGUCGGCGGCAGCCGAGGAGGCUGGGAGCGGCGCGCAGCAGGUGGCCGAGGUCUCCGCGCGCGCGGCCGGUGUGGCCGCAGGCGAGUUGGCGGCCGAGGCCGGGAACACCGCCAUGAAGUCGGCGGAGAUCGCCGCAAAGGCGGCCACCAAGUCCGCUGCAGCCUCGGGGCUGCCGCCCUAUCAGGCGGUGGAGCCAGUGGCCACGGCGGCGGCCAGGUCAGCCAUGCGUGCGGCACUGAAUGGUGGGCAUCCCUACUUGAUCGUGGCGGAAGUCACCAGGCAGUUGAACUCCCAGCUGGUUGAAAACCUCAAGGAGGUGCAUCAGAAUCGGCCAGAUCGACUAAGUGUGAGCGAGUUGAAGGACCUCUUUGGUCAGGCGAACAUCGAUAUCCAUGAGGACACCUUGAGGCAGGUCUUCGAGGAGAUGGGCGUAGAAGGCUCGCAACCCAUCAGCUUCCAAAGCUUCUUCCAGGCUUUGGAGAAGUCUCACGGCAUCUUCAUGGAGGCUGGAAAGGCCGCCGCCUCCAUCGCUGGCCGCGUCCUGGGACAGAGCGCUGCCUCCGCUGGGGAUGAUCCCGAACAGGCUGGUGAGGUGGCGGCGAGCGCUGCACAGGCGGCAGCCAGGACCAGUGGCCUCUCGGACGAGCAGCUCGCGGAGGUGGCCGUGACCGCAGCGGGCAACGCCGCGGGCCAUGCAGCCUUGGCUGCGGGCGGCGCUCCGGAGGCUGUGGCCUUCGUGGCGGGCCAGGCGGCCAUCAAUGCAGCUACCACCGCCGGUCUCAACACACAAAGGCUACCACAGGUCAUCAUCCCGGUUUUUGCUCGGGCAGCAGGAAGAGCCGCUGCCCAGCGUGCGGGCAAUGGUCGGGAUUCCUCGAAAGCCUUAGAGGUUGCCGCAAGAGCCGCGAGCGAUGCUGGGCUCAAGCUGGCCUUCAUGACAGAUGCACAUAUCCAAGAGGCGGCCGAGACGGCUUCGAACGAGGCCUCGCGGGUCUUGGCCUCUGGCCCAGGAAGCUUGGCGGAAAGUCUCGGCGUGGCGCUUCCAGUGUCCGGCAUGUGGUGGCAGUUGGAGCCAGCCUUUGAAGGCCUCAGCGGUGCUCGCAUCAUCGAUGCGAUCCCUGCGGAACCCGCGUGGCCCUCCCCGCGGCGUUGGCGCACCUGGCUGCGCGCCAACUCCGCCGCGGAGAAAGGCCGCAUCGCCGUGGUGCGGGACGCGGUGCAUGGUCAUCAGAGUCAGUUGCUGCGGGACACCGCCAUCCAGAACUACGGCCUCGGUCAGCAAGGUUUCGCCUUGAUGGCCGGGAAGGACUACGACUGCGUCCUUUGGGCCAAAGUGGAUCGUAUCGAAGCGGCCCGGGUCACUGUUUCGCUGCGGGACGGAGAGCAACGUGCAUCGCCCGUGUACAGCCAAUGGCUUGGGGCAUCCUCACGGUGGCGCCCCUUGAGCUUCACCCUCACGAGCAAUGUCACGAGCCAUUGUGGCAUGGUGAAAAACAGAUCUGGCAGAUCCGGCCGCAGAUUCUGCGUGCAGGCCAAGGAGCUGCCGCACCGCUGCUACCGCUGCAGUGGCGGCUUUGAGAUCGCCAUCGAAGGCGAAGCGAUGGUGGACCAGGUGUACCUCGGCCCAGGCGACUGGGGCCGCUUCAAGGGAUUGCCGGUUCGGCGCGGGGUGGCGGAGGCCAUGUUUCAAACCGCCGCUUGGGAAGUGCUCCGCUUAGGAGGCAGCAUGUGCAACGCGCCCGAGUACCGCUGGAAGCACUUCCGCGGUCCACGGGAGAGUCGUCAGCCUUGGCAGGGCUUUUGGCAUCCCUACGUGAGCAGUGGCUUCGGCCUGUUCGAAGUCUUAGAGCUUUGCGAAGCUGCAGAGGUGCACUGCGUCAUCACUUUGAAUAACCAGGAGACCCCUGAGGACGUGGCCGACUUCAUCGAGUACUGCUUUGCUUCGGACGCGUCCUCUAAGUGGGGAACUUUGCGGAUGUCCGAUGGGCGAACCAGGCCCUACAAGAUCUUCACGCUGGAAAUCGGGAAUGAACAAAACCUGACGAUGGACUUCGUUCAGCAGGUGUCAGCAAUCACACAGGCCAUCGCGCUACGCUGUGCUCAGAAGCAGCUGUUGAUGCCGCAGAUUGUGGUGGGACAGAACAUUGAUCUGAUCCCGAACUUCGAGAGCACACAGGGUCGGAAGGUGACCGAAGAGAUGUUGAAGGUCUUGAAAGGCGUGGUGCAUAGCGCCUGGGAUGCCCACAUCGGAGGUGAUGCUUUCUCGGACGUGGGCGACUUCAAGAAACUGCUGAAUGUGAGCAUGAGCUUCUUUCAGCCCUUCGGCACUCAGCUGGUGGUCUUGGAGGAGAACGGUGUGACCCACGACUUGCAACGUGCGCUGAACCACGCGCGCUUCCAUCUGGUGAGCUCGUAUCAAGGUGACUUUGUGCUCAUGGACACGGCGGCGAAUGGACUUCAAGUCUUCAAUCAGAACGACAAUGGUUGGGACCAGGGCCAGAUCAUGAUCACGCCGGACCAGGUUUGGCUUUCACCCUAUGGCUGGUCGCAAGCCAUGCUCUCCAAGCACAGCAAGGCCUUCAAUGUGCCACUUCACUUUGAGAUCUCUGCUGUUGAAGACCUCGAACUGGGCGCGUACAGGUCGACGGAGGGUGCCUCAAGAAGUGGUGUUGGCCUUCGACUGGUGCAGUGGUCAGGUCGAGAUCAAGAAGUGAACGUCACUUUGAGGUGGCCCCACAGCACCGCCGACCUCUCCGCGGAGGUCCUCGCGGGCUCGCUCCGCGCGCUGAACGGCCCGGAAGAUCCCAGGCACGUUGCUCCACGGCCACUGCACGUCGCGUGGGAUCGCAGUGACGUGCUGUGCCUCUCGCUGACGCUGCCGGGCUACGCGCUGGCCACGGUGUCGGCGACUGGGACAAACCAGAAGUCGUCUUGGCUCCUGAAGUGGUCCUCGUGUGAAACGCGGAAGAACCGUUUGCACCGUUGGCGUUUAGCCGUGGCGUGGCGGGCCGAGGAAGGGCCAGCGGCACUGGUCGUGGGGCCGAAGGCGCCUCCCUCUGCACCGGCACCCAAGCCCGCAGCAAAGAAGGCCGCGGCCAAGCCGAAGCCAGAGCCUAAGGCUCCACCGCCCAAGGCGCCGGCGCCGGCGCGGCCGGCGCCUGCCGCGCCUGCCGCGGCGCCGGAGGCGAAGCCCAAGGCGGCGCCCAAGGCGGCGCCGGCGAAGGCCACGGCGCCCAGGCCGAAGAGUAGGACCGGCUCGUUACCCUCGGCCGGCAAUUCGGCGAGGAGUGGGUCCAAGCAGUCAGAAAGCCGACCUGAGAGCCGCCCUGAGUCGCGAGGCGAGACGCCGAAGGCCAAACCCAAGGCAAAGUCUUCGACCUCCAGUCGAUUCAAGGGGCUCUCUGCUGAGGCCACCGCUCCAGACAAGGCAGCGCCCAGGACGGCGGAGGCUGAGCGUGAAGCUACGCUGCCACCCUCCAGCCGUAGCAUGCCGCUGUCGCAGACCCAGCCUGCCUUGAAGGCACACAGCGCUUCGAGCCCAGCACCGGAGGUCCGCAUGGUGAUGGAGCCCAUUGCUCAGGCGUCCUUUGCUGCGCCCAGCGGGAAGUCCCUCCAGGUUCCUGCUGUGCAGCGCUUCUACACACCGUACAUGGUCGCACGCCCCGCCAGUGCCACGAUCCCAGUGGCGCCCGGUGGCACGCCCAUGGCCGUGUCCCCCACAGCCUCCAUGUCGCCGCCCAGUGUCUUUAGGUCGCCCAGCCAGCCAGUCAUCUCUCCACCGCGCACGUCCCUCGGGGUGGUGCCGGCCAUGCCCAGCGGGACCCUCCAGCGUGCAGCUACUUCGGCCACCACCCCAGUGGCUGGUGCGGUCUUGACCGCUCCUCAGGUCUUUGCAGCCAACAUGGUGACGAGGUCGGUGACGGGUGCACCCUACACCGCCAGCACGCCCGGCAGAUAUCAGCCCACAGCUGUGCUGGUCUCUCCGCAGCCGACCAUGCGGGUCCUGGAGAACCCCACCGCGCUGCCCUUCGGAACCAUGACCGCGCCGCCCGCUGGCGCCGUGCCGUGCGGCGCGCCCUGCGCCAGCGUGGCCUCGGUGCAGCGGUUGGAGACGAAUCGGGAGGUGAGACCCAGUGUGGUACCAGCGCCCUGGACCUUUGCCGAGCCCGUGACGCCGGGCGCCACAUUGGCGGCGCCGGUUGGGCCGCCGCGGGCCAUGGCGUUUCCACCGGCCAUGGCCAUGGCGUACCCCUCGGCGUAUCGACCCAUGACCGUGCCUACGGUGGCGCACUGCCAGUGA